AUGGAAUCGUUAGCAUUAGAUUAUGAAGAACCGAUCGUAAUCCCCGAUACUCCUCCCCUUAUGAACGCGCCGGGUCUUUCUGAUUCGAAGAAUACCUCGUCCCCUUCAAUCUUGGGCUUCAAAGACAAAGACAUCGGUAUGUUCACAAGGAUCAAGAUCGACGAGCCGAGUGAACUCAACAAUUUCGAACCGGAAAUUUGCCUGCAGCCCUCGCCCGCAAGAUCCACCAGAGCAUUUACGCGAGAAACAAAGAUGAAAGACGCGCUCGCUCGCUCUGAAGCGAAUCUCAAGGUCGCCCUUCAAGCCGCUCAGGACGCUAAGGACGAGAUCAAAGCCUUCAAAGAGGCGGAGAAGGGGCGUUUUACACCAAUUCCCAACUAUGCCUGUCAAUCUAUCGUCGACGAGAUGGAACACGGUAAUACAUCUACCGAUCGUCAGCCGUUGCAGUGGCCGCGCCAGUUUCGAUCCGGACCAGUUUCCCUUCCAUUCCCUCCGAGCAAUGGAACUUUCCCUUUCUUGCAUCCCCGAGCCCGUGCUGGGCCUGCAUCAUUUCCUAUUUUUCACUCUCUUCAGACAAGACAAACACCGUCUAUACUUGAUCGUCUGAGGUCAAACAGUGAAGCGGACAGUCAACAAGCAUCAUAUCUGACACUUGAGCGAGUACCGAGACGGAAUAGGCUGCGAAGUUUCUCUGGGUGGGAGGAGUUACUUCUCCUAUGGGACUGUCCGCAUGCGCUAGAGCUAGCAGCGCAUUGUCGAAGGGUUGUUAGGGUUCUGGUGGAACCACUCGAUAAAGCCGAGGUUGUAUGCCUUGUAAUAGAAUUUCUUCGAGCUGUUGGGCAAGGGGAAUUCCUGAGGCAGGUCGUUGUGCGACAGGAACAAUUGGGGGGUUCGACGACGGAUAUCAUUUGUCAGAAAGUCAUAUUAGAAGGGGAAGCAGGUGGCGGAUUUAUAGAUACACAUUGGUUCAACAAGCCCUCUACCAAGUUCUCCACUCAUUGCAUACGGUCUAAAACCGCGAAGUCCUCCUCGGAUCUGGCCCUUAUGCCAUUCAAGGGAGAUGUGGGCAACGGAGAUGAGCCUGAACUGUCGGGACAUGACACACUGGUACUAGAUGAGCUCAACAAACAUUGGAGUGCUCAAGGGACUAAUAGAUUCAGAACUGGUCGAGGACAAAGCAGAUCCCGUGCUAUGCAUUUCGAAUCAGUCAAAAAGCUAAGAAAAGAGAGUGAAGGGAAACAGUAUACCCAGUGUACGGAGAGCCGGUUGCUGUGUAAGGUGAUCCUGUCAUUCCAGUAUAAGGUGGGUAUAUCAAUCCGGUUCUAUGAGGUGGUUUGGUAUUGGCCUGUGAAUAGUAAUGUGGAUAUGGAUUGGAUAUUAGCCCUGUGUAAGGCAGGCUACUAUAAGAGCCUGAUCCGUAUCCAGUUCGCGCCUCGUUGUGCUAUUAUCGACAAUCUACUUCCAACCCAUUCGUCGGCGUCCAAUCCAUUCUCAACCGGACGUGAAACGGGUGUCCCAGAAAGACUUUCAAUGUUAUGA